UCCAUGUGGCCCGAGCUUGUUCGUGUAUUGGUGCCGGUUUGCAGUUAUACGAACUAAGACAGUUGUGAUAUUAUUAGUUAAUGUUCACGGCGUCCGCUUUGCCACAUCUUGUCACUUUCACGUACGGAAGAAGCAAUGUCUGCCAGGCACGGUGAGCAGACCCUCGAGGACCCGGAGCUGCAGUGUUGUGGACACGACCGUGGUCCAGUUACGGUCACAAUGGGGGCCACGGUGCCCACGGGCUUCGAACACUGCGCUGCCGAGGAGGUCCGAGAGAAACUCGGCGCUGAGGCGAAAAUCAGCAAGGACCGUGGUAGAAUAUACUUCCAGAUGAGCUCCGACAGCCUUCCCCUGGUGCAUCAGCUGAGGUCGGUCGACAACUUAUUUGUCGUGGUUAAGGAGUAUGUGGACUACCAGUUCAAAGAUUCAAAGGAGGAGACGCUCAAGGAUUUGCAGGAUCUGGCCUCGAAGCUCCCAUGGACGAACCCACUGGAGGUUUGGAAACUGAACAAUGUGCUGAAGAAGAGGAGGUGGCGGCGGAGAGGGGCGAAUGUCUCCAGGCCGAACCCCAGCAGCGAUGGCGCCAAAGAGGGGACGCAGGAGGGCGCUGCAGACACGGAGACACAGAGCCUCGAAGCAGAGCCCGAGCAGCCUGGCAGAGUGGAGGAGGACUAUGAGGACAACCAGGGACAGCAGGACAAGGGUUCUGCAGAAACGGGGGCUGAGGGCACCCCUGGAGUGCUCAAGUUUCGGGUGACGUGCAACCGGGCCGGCGACAAGCACAGCUUCACUUCUAACGAAGCCGCGAGGGACUUUGGCGGAGCCGUGCAGGAGUUCUUCCAGUGGAAGGCAGACAUGACCAAGUUUGAUGUGGAGGUUCUCUUGAACAUCCACAACAACGAGGUGGUGAUCGGCGUUGCGCUCACAGAGGAGAGCCUCCAUCGCAGAAACAUCUCGCACUUUGGGCCCACCACUCUGCGCUCCACGCUGGCCUACGGCAUGCUCAGGCUUUGCAAGCCACAGGUGUCUGACGUGAUAAUUGACCCAAUGUGUGGAACCGGAGCCAUACCCCUCGAGGGGGCCCUUGAGUGGAAGCAUUCUUACUACCUGGCUGGAGACAACAACGACCAGGCGGUGAACCGCACAGUCAACAACGUCGCUCACAUCCACAGGAAGAGACAGGAGAAAGGCUGUGGACCGUGGGGUCUGCCCAUAGACACGGUGCAGUGGAAUCUGUGUCGUUUGCCGCUGAAGACGGCUUCUGUGGACAUCAUCAUCACCGACAUGCCCUUCGGGAAGAGGAUGGGCUCAAAAAAGAGGAACUGGGACUUGUACCCCUCGUGUUUGAGGGAAAUGGCCCGUGUUUGUCGACCCGGGACUGGCAAGGCCGUGCUGUUGACGCAGGACAAAAAAUGCUUUGCCAAGGCUUUGUCCAGGAUGGGGGGGCUGUGGCGCAAGUCCCACACAGUGUGGGUGAACAUCGGUGGGCUCCACGCUGGCGUGUAUCUUCUCAAAAGGGUGGCGUCUGCUUUUGGGGAGACCCCCGAAGACACUGACGAGAGAAGAGACCCUCGAGGCGCCGAGACGGCCGGGGAAGAGAAAGAGGAAAAUUAACGGAAAUUAGCAGGAAGUCCUCCCUUGUGGUGCAGAGCAAUAUUGACAAUAUUGACAAUAUUUACAAUGCAGAACAAUAUUAAGAGUGUCCGGUUUUCUUACAUGUGGAAUUCAGGUGGAUGAACCCCGAGCUGAAAAAAUUCAGUGUGAAGAUCAUUUCUGUUGUAAGUUAUUUCAAGCUGUCAAAAUUAUGGUCUUAGAAAAAAAUGCCAACAGUCUGUUUUCUUUCCACUUAACUGCUGUCGUUUGGAAAAUUAAAUGUUCUAAACCCAGAUUUUGGAGUAUUGGUACUUUUUUAUUUAGCAA